UUGCCUGCCUCCCUUUUAUCUUUAUCUCUUCUCUCUCACAAAUCACAGUCAAUUGGUUGGAGCUCUUGAUCUUAAUCCUUUGAUUUUUAUUUUUCCCAUGACUAGUUUUCUAAGUUAAUAAAAUCUCCCAACAGCUCUGCUCGUCUCGUUUAAUCUUUUUGGCAUAAUAUAUAAAAGCAGAAGAACAUAGCUGCAGGAAACAGAAAGUGGUCAUGGACGUUUCUGUCUCUCCAAAAUUGGACUAUAAGGCUUCAUCAGAAGAAUCAGAACUUAAACCAACUGAUACACAGGCGCCCAAAAGAAGGAAGGUGGUUGAGAAGACUGUUGUGACAGUGAAGAUAGGAGAAAAUGGUGGAAAACUAAAGAAUGAAGGGCUACCUUCUGAUUUAUGGUCCUGGAGGAAAUAUGGGCAAAAACCUAUCAAAGGAUCUCCUUAUCCGAGGGGAUAUUACAGGUGCAGCACAUCAAAGAAUUGUUUAGCCAAAAAGCAAGUAGAAAGAUGCAGAACAGAUGCUAGAAUGUUCAUCAUCACUUAUACCUCUGGUCAUAAUCAUCCAGGCCCUGAUCUCCACACCACCAACCUAGCACAGUCCCCAAAAGAACCCCAAACCUCCCAUUGUGUUGAUCAGUCCCAAGCUCCUAAACAACAACAGCUGCCAGUAGUGUCAGAACAAGAGCCAGAAGAAGUCCAAAACGAACCCAUCAAAACAAACAGUGGUGAAGAUGCAAGUGAAGAUCAUUUUUACUAUCUACAAUCUCCAUUAGUCUCUCCCCAAAAUAUUAUAAUUAACCAAGAAGAUCCUUUCACCGGGAGUCUAGAGGAAACCCAUGACCCACUGGGGUUUCUGUUUGAUGAAGAGCCACUCUAUUGCCCUCAUAUAACGAUAUCUUCAACACCAACAUCAGAAGAAAAUGAAUUCUUUGAUGAGCUUGAAGAACUACCCGUAUCUUCAGCUUUCACAAGUUUCAUGAGAAGCAAGUUUUUCGAUGAACAGAUUCCUGUCGUCCCUUCUUGAUUGAAGUGUUUUUCAGUGUUAGAAAAAUCUAAUCAAGAUGUUCCUAUGGAAUUGAUCGUACCCCCACUACCAGUGGUUCUAGUUUAUUUCCUUGUCUGACGAGGGUUCAAAUAAUGAGAUAGUUGGAUCAAUUUCGCAUGAAAAGCUAGUGCAUGGCUGUCUUUUUUUUUUUUUUUUUAUCUGGGAG